AAAAAUGUCGGCUUGUUGAGAGGAAGCGAACGGAAGAAAAAUUAUCGACUGAGAAAAAUCGUAGUUUUCUAACGAUUUUUCAGGGAAGUUGCAACGGAAGACGUGUAAAAUUCGUAUGCUGUAAGUAUUCCUGAACACCAUGAGCACUUCGGACAGUACCGAUACGACGAGCAGCAGCAGCGCAAGCAGCAAUCUGAAGCAGCCUCAAGAGGAAAAUCAGGACGAGCUAAUCAUCAAACAACAAAGGGAAAUUGAACAAGAGAUUGCCUAUACGAACCCAUUGGUAAGCGAGUCGCAGGCGAUCAAUAGUCUGAACUCGGAAUAUCUGGAUGAUGCCGUUUACAUUGCCAAGAUAAAGGACCUGGCCUCGAAGUACCGGGCGAUCAGACGUACGCGUCCAGACGGAAAUUGUUUUUUCCGGGCGUUUGCGUACGCAUAUCUGGAGUAUUUGGUUCGUAACAAGGAAGAAUUCAGCAAAUUCUACGAAUAUGCAGCGAAAUCCCGAGAAAGACUGACGGAAGCCGGAUUCCCUCGAUUUACGAUUGAGGAUUUCUAUGAGACGUUCAUGGAGGUGAUCAACAAGGUUAAACCUGAUGGAGACAAUACAUCCGGGGCUUUGGCUGAGCUGCAUAAACUAUUCAAUGAGCAAGGCUAUUCGGAUUACGUGGUUGUGUACUUGCGCCUGAUCACUUCGAGUCACCUGCAAGAGCGAGCAGAUUUCUACCAAAAUUUCAUCGAUGGAAACUACACCAUCCUGGAGUUUUGCCACCAGGAAGUGGAGCCCAUGUACAAGGAGUCGGAUCACAUUCACAUAAUCGCAAUUUGUUCGGCUCUGGAUGCGGGAGUCCGCGUAGAGUACAUGGAUCGGGGCGAUGGAAACCAAGUGAUUGCUCAUGAAUUUCCGGACGGUUGCAAGCCGAAUGUAUUUUUGCUCUACCGCCCUGGACAUUACGAUAUUUUGUACCCCAACGAGGUGCAAUAAAAAUGCUAAUGUAGACGAAGAUGGAACAGUUCUUUUCAGACUCUUUCAAACAAACACUCUAUUCAUACUUGGAGAUCCUAAUCGCUAAUGUAUCCUCUCAUUCAAUUAGAGUUUAAAUAAAAUAAAAAUUGUAGAGGAAA